CCAUAAAAUAAAUGAAAAUAUCAAAAGGUGUUGUCAAUGUCUAUUGUCUAAUUUAAUCUCGUAAGGUAAAUUGUAAUCCGUAGGUUGUAAGCAAGUCGCAGUUGUCGGCUGUCGCACGCCAUCACCGAUCACCUUCAAUAUUUUGGUCGAAACGUUUUCGCGAUUAUUCUUUUAACAUUAAAAUUGCUGCGUUUGAUGAAUUCGAAUGGCCUUUGUUUACAUUCGGUAUAAAUAACGUAUGAUAGUAAUGAAGAAAUGAGAAAAAUUGUAUGCAAGUAUGAAGUUAUUACUGAUAUUAUUGUUUUUAUGUGGUUGUUAUGGACAAGAUGGUAUUGUAAGCAGUGAUAAUAAGGAAAGUACUGAGUUAUCAAGGACUUUGGAUGACCGGCCCCUGUUGUUUGCUACACUUGGGGGUGGAAUGGUAGCAGUGGAGCCAGUCUCCGGGAAUGUUAUAUGGAAACUGAAAGAUGAACCUGUGGUGAAAGUGCCUAAUCAACAUGCUAAUUUGAUGCCCCAAUUUCUGCCUGAUCCUCGUCAUGGUUCCUUAUAUAUGUAUGGGCCAACGGGGGACAAGCAGAUGUUAAAAAAGUUGCCCUUCACCAUACCAGAGCUGGUAGCCAAUGCGCCGUGUCGUUCUACCGAUGGGAUUUUGUACACAGGCAAAAAGAGCGAUACCUGGUUUAUGCUUGAUCCUUUGACUGGGUCCAGAGAGCAUAUUUCGGGUUUCGAGAACACGAAAAUAUUCAAAAGCGAUGAAGACAAUACCUGCCAAUUGGAUAAGAAAAAAGGUGUUUACGUUGCUCGUACGGAGUAUAACAUACUGAUGCAUGAUUCCAAGAAUGAAAAUCACAAGUGGAAUGUCACAUUUUUCGAUUACACUUCGCAUGAUAUGGCCAAAGAGAUGCUCAACGAUUAUGGUAUAAUUCAUUUUACAUCCACAUCAAAUGGUCGUAUAAUGUCGUUCGCGCGUAAAUCUGGCGAUCUUGUGUGGUCUCACAAUUUCGAGACGCCCGUGGUCGCUGCGUACUUGUUAGACAGAGAUGGACUUAUUUCUGUGCCUUUCAACUCGAUUGGUGAUGACACUCUGGAUCAUAUAAUGGAAGAUGCGACAACUUUGAGAAAUGGGCAGGGAAUUAAGAAUUCGAAUAUCGAAUUGUACCCCACUCUCUACAUAGGCGAACACAACCACGGCUUAUACGCCCUUUCAUCACUAGUAGACAAAAACACAGUAACAAUAUCAACCGGACACUCUCGACCCUUAUUACUCGAAGGCCCGACGGCAAUACAAUCUACAGAACAUGCGUAUGAGCCCUACAAAAACGUGCACUACCAACUUAAUGACAUAAAUCUACACGUAACCCCGCCCUACUUGUUACUAGGACACUAUAAAGUGCCGGAGUUGACAACAUCGUGGCUGCCACAGCUUCCAAAUUCAAAUUUGAAACAAGAAUCCAAUGGUAUGAAGCUUAUAAAUGGCCAGGUUCAAAGGGAACAAGACGAAAAUGAGACGAAUUUAAAAUCGAAUUCGAUAUCUGUGUCGGUGCAAACGGAGGAAUUGUUUACGGAGUUUAGCCUGAGACCGGAUUUAUGGUAUAAGCAAGUGUAUAUUUGGGUGAAUCAGCAGGAGAAUAAGGCUUUGAAGGUGGCGUUGAUUGUGCUUAUGGGAUUGGUGGUUACGAUGUUUUGGUAUUUGAGGCUGCAGGCCCGAGAAUUUCAACAGUUAUCCCAAGGUGGAUCACGUAGUUCUAACACAUCUACGUCAUCCCAAGGCGAAGUGACUGGUCAGUUGUUGGAGUUAGGUGAUGGACUCGUACAAAUCGGGAAAAUUUGUUUCUAUACGGAUCAGGUUUUGGGUAAAGGUUGUGAAGGCACUUUUGUUUACAGAGGCACGUUCGACAAACGUGCUGUUGCGGUGAAAAGGCUUCUCCCGGAAUGUUUUACGUUUGCCGAUCGCGAGGUGGCACUUUUGAGAGAAUCCGAUGCGCACGCGCACGUUGUACGCUAUUAUUGUACGGAACGGGAUAAACAAUUCAGAUAUAUAGCUUUGGAGCUGUGCUCGGCCACUUUACAGGACUACGUUGAGAAUAAACUGAGUUUUGAUUGUAAAAUUGACGCUGUUGAAGUAUUGAGGCAAGCAGCAUUGGGCCUGUCUCAUUUACAUUCCAUGGAUAUAGUUCACAGAGAUAUUAAACCACACAACGUAUUACUCUCGAUGCCGACUGGAUCUGGCGAAGUUAGAGCCAUGAUAUCCGAUUUUGGUUUAUCUAAAAAACUAAAUAUUGGUCGCGUGAGUUUCUCAAGGCGUUCUGGAGUAACAGGUACGGAUGGAUGGAUCGCCCCGGAAAUGAUUAAUGGCGAAAGAACGACAACUUCGGUAGAUAUGUUUUCACUGGGUUGUGUGUUUUAUUACGUGUUAUCAAAGGGACAGCAUCCAUUUGGCGAUGUCUUGAGAAGACAGGCGAACAUACUGACUGGAGAUUAUAAUUUAGAUACUUUAGAUAAACUAUUACCUGAAGAAGAAGUAGUGUUAACAAAAAUAUUGAUUCGAGCAAUGAUAUCGGCUAAGGCAGCCGCGCGGCCUCCAUGUGAAACUGUGCUUAAGUAUCCCAUAUUUUGGGGCAAGCAGAGUAUACUUAACUUUUUACAGGACGUAAGCGACCAUGUAGAAAGCUGCAAUUCAGGCGCAGAUCACCCAUUAGAGUUGGGCAGUCGAAGAGUGCUGAGAGGCGACUGGCGUGGACAUGUAUGCUCGAUCGUUGCUAAUGACCUGAGAGCGAGACGGACUUAUCGGGGCGACCGUGUCGCACAUCUACUUAGGGCUAUACGGAAUAAGAAACACCACUACCGAGAGCUGGAACCCGACGUUCGGAACAGCCUUGGCAAGGUACCGGACGGUUUUGUAACUUACUGGUUGCAAAGGUUUCCACUUCUCCUACCUCACGUAUUUCUUCAAAUGCAGCAAUACCGUCACGAAGACAUAAUGCUCGGCUACUUCACACAAACCUUCACAUUCAACAGAGAUGACGUCACAGAACUUAUUGACGCGACGGAAGAAUUCUCUGAUCACGCCCAAAAUGACCUAUUUGUUAAAAGCAAAGUAUACUACGAAGAGAACGACCCAGAGAGAAGAUUCAAAAGAGAAUCACCUAAAAGGAGAGUGGACUGGAGAAGUGAGGAUAGAGCGAGACAGGACGAUGUGAGAUUAAGAGAUAGGCAUUAUAGAAAGAAAGAGAAGAAACAUGAUAUGCCCGUGUGGAGCUUGCCACCACAAAGUUAGUGUUAAAUAUUUUAAAUAUGCGCAAUGUUGGUAUUAGAUUUUACAAAAAAAAACUAAAUAAUUGAUUAACAAAGCUAAUUAUAAGUUUUCGAUUAUAAGGUACCAAAUCAUUACUAAGGUUUGCCCGGGUUAAGCCGUGGAUUUUCUAUACAUUUUAUUGUUUAUAAAGUCUAUGACAACUAGUAUUGGAGUCCGGGCAUUAGUCAGAACGUGAUGAAUAAAAAUAUGUAAUUAGUACUUACGUAAAAUGAAAAGUAAUUAGUCAAGGGAAAAUGUAAUGCCGAUUUUUACGGUACAUUUAGUCUAAGAUUAAAUAACCUGUUUCGAAUUCUAAAAAACUACUAUAAUUUAAAAAUUUGUGAACAAAAAUUUUAGGCACGUAAUAUUCUUAUAGCAUAUAAAAGACAAAAUAUAUAUUUUGAUUGAAUGCGAAGUGGAAAAGUUAUAUUGAACUAAAACAUUAGAUUUUCACACAAAAGUAAUAGUGUUCUUGUAACCAUUUUGUUUCAUUAUUAAUUUAUGAACAAAUAGAAGUGGUGUACGCCCAUAUCGUAGCGAAACUUAAACAUAUGUAUGAUAUGUAAAUUUUUAACGUACUUUGAUAGUAUAGAUUUCUAAUGAAAUUGAUAACUUUGGAUAAUGGGACCAAUUACUGGUAUCAUAAUUAAGACAAUUAUGAAACUUGACAUAAGCCAUUUGUUAAGAAUUCUUAGUAAACAUAGCAACGCUAGCAAAAUUUAAAUUUUUUUAAUUAACAUAAGUUUUACCAAAAUCGCAAUUUCGAAUCAAUUCACAAUCGAAUAUAUGCACUUUAUUGCCUUAACGUUAUACGCUCACAUUUGCUGCACUCCCUUAUUCAUAAAAUAGUUGUUCAUCAUAAUAUAGGUAAAUUUGAUACGAAGAAGCAACUAUUACUUUAAUUAAAAGUGAGAUUACUCCUGGCAAAUCUUCAGAAACUGAAUUUUUAUGGUCCUUCGAGCCGGAUGAAUAUUUUAAUCACAUGUAAAAGUAAGCUUUACUAAAUUAAUAGUUUUUAAUAUACUGGUGUUAAUUUUCAAAAUUAAUUUAGCUUGCUUUAAGAUGUAUUUAUAUAACAUUAUACCAGUGACAUUUGACAGUGAACAGCUAGUCAAUUUAAUACUAAUGCGCUCAUAUAACCAUAUUCUCGAAGGUAACGCUUUUUCGUGCAAUUGACUAUUUUUAUUGUAUGCAUUUUAGGAUUUUUAAAAUAUUUAUUAUUCCUAUAUAUAAGAUUAUUAUUAAAUGAAAUCGUAAUAUAUUUUAGCUAAGUGAAGAGUACACAAAUUAUAUUUUAUUAUGUUGAAAAUGUUUGUUAUAUAUGAUGUUGUGUGAAGUGACUGAAAGUUUUUUAGGUAAAAAAGUUUCUCUAACAAGUUUUAUAUUAGGUUUAAGUGUAAAGAGGAGCAUUAUAGCAGUAUGUAACAUUUAAGGACAUUUACAUGCAAACAAAUUGCUCAACAGACAAAUGUAUUUUCGUUAAAUAGAUUGCAUCAUUAUUGUACGCAUAAAAAAGAAUUUCAAUUCAUAAUUCUAAAUCACGCGAAAGUAAUAUAUGAAAAAUUUGCCGCUUUCUUUAACAUUGACAUGAAUGCGGAAUGAUUUAACAAUCGCAAUUGGUAAACACGAACGUGUUUUUAAUUAACUAAUGUGCUAUUCAACUCGAUUCAAGUAUUAUGGUAGUACUGUAAAUCUAGAGUUCAUAAAAAAGAUAAAUAUUUUUGAAACUAAAUCUAUUUAUUUAUCACUUCUAAGUACAUUUCUGUAUGUGGUAGUCUUUAAAUAGGUUUUCUUUAUUUAAAAAAGCAAAUUAAAAAAACGUAACACACCUAUUGCCUAAUGUCGUAUUAUAUACAUUUAUAAUAAGUUUUAUAUUGUAUCAUCACAAGAACUUACAGAAAGGUUUA